AACGCAAAUUAAUCAAUUAUAGCAUUUGCAAAAUACGCAACAAAGUGCACAAAUAGUAAGCAUAUUUACAUUGCUAUCCAUGGCUAGCAAAGAAUUCAGGUUGGUUUCACCAGCAAUUGACAAAGAAGGAGGUGUCAAAUUACCAAGAUAUUACACACAUGAAGGCGUAGGUUCAAAGUGGAAUAUAUCUCCACCUCUAGAAUGGCUUAACGUUCCUCCCAAAACCAAGAGCCUAGCUCUUUUGGUGCAGGAUGUUGACACCGUGGAUCCAACUGGACGCACGGUGCCAAUCACCCAUUGGGUAGUGGUCAAUAUUCCGGCAACUUUGACAAAGUUGCCAGAAGGAUUGUCGGGAAAGGAAGAUGAAAUGGGAGAUGAGUAUAAUGGAAUUGAAGAAGGAGUUAAUGAUUGGAAGGUGAAUUUGUGGCGUGGUCCUAAGACUCCUAACUAUGGUGAUAGGUUUGAGUUUAAGCUCUAUGCUUUGGAUGAUCAUAUGCACUUUGAUAAUCAGGUGACAAAGGAGAAGCUGUUGGAUGCAAUAACAGGCCAUAUACUUGGAGAAGCUGUAAUGAUUGCUACUUUCUGAUAUAUGCACUGCCAUCUUAACAAGGCCAUGAAGAUUAGUCCAAAGAAUGUUCACCUAUAUUAUUUCUGCUUUUGUAAUUUUUUUUUGUGUAUAUUAUAUUUUACUUUGCAUGUAUUUUGUCAAGUUUUGUGAAAUACUAUAAAUCUUUACAGGACGUGAAGUCA